CUGCAUGCUCCAUGUCUGCAGACUCCCCCUUCUCAGAGCGAAAGGAAAGCGAGUAUUUCCUUGUACAUGUGGCACUAAAGCCUCAUAAAGGUUUGAAAUAAUAAUCGUUUUUUCUUUUGUUAUUUUCCCAAGGAAAACUAAAUGGAUAAAACCGUACGGACAAAUAAACCUAAACUCGUCAACUGGCUAAGUGGGGAUCCAUACGGCAUUCUGCAACAUGUUCAAUCUCGAGAGUUUAUAACAGAUACGGAGUACGAAACGCUGAAGUCCAUUUCAGUUCCUCAAAAGCAGGUUAUUGAACUAUUGGACAUCAUCUUAAAAAAGGGAGAAAGGGUGUGUGGAGAUUUUCUUGAAAUGCUUUUGAAAGAUGAAGUGAACGAAUUUUCCCCAGAACUCAGGAAGUGGAUUAAAACGGUGAAGAUUUCAGACACCACAGACAACGUCGUGGCACAAACAACAUCACGCCAUCAAGUAAUAAGCCAGAGAAAUGAAGAAGGAGCAUCUUUUAACAUGCCAAGAGAUUGUGAGGAGUUUCUGAAGAAGAAGAAGAGUCUCUUGGUUCAAAGAGUGAAGCAUAUUGACCUUAUUGUUGAUGAUCUUGAUUUACACUCUGAAUCAGUGGGAAAUAUUAGAGCGCAGGCAACAGAUCAAAAUAAGAUGAGGAAGCUUCUUGACUAUAUCAAUUCUAAAACUAUCGCUGAGCGUCUUGUUGAUGCUUUGUAUAAGCAUGAAUGUGAUCUCAUGAAUGAUCUAUGCAGCUAAAAGUUGUAGGAUGUUUACUGAUAUUCAUAUUCUUCAUAUUCUUUUCACUAAGUACCUGACUGAGUCAAACGUGGCAUUAUGCAAAACAGCUCAAAGCCAAAACAGUCUCAGGCUUUUUUUAAAUAUGUGAUUGGAAAGUUUACACAUUUUGUGUUUGCUCCUGGUGUUUAUAUAAUGCAUGUUUUAUACUUAUAUUACCCAUUGGGGCGGUUUCAGGGUUUCGAUAAGCUCAGGACUAUAGGCCUUAGGUAAAUAAAGACAUUUAAGUAGCCUACUUUUUAUAAACAUGCCUUACAAAAAAUGACUUGUGGGCAUUUUGAGACCAAAUAAUGCAUAUUUUAAGAUAUUUUAGUGCAAGCCAUUCCGUUGUGUUUAUUGACAACUGUCUUGUUAUAAAAUAAAAAGUUAGGGCUUUUCAUCA